AUGGCCCUCUACUGCGGCGACAACUUCGGCGUGUACUCGCAGCCCGGCCUGCCCCCGCCCGCCGCCGCCGCCGCCGCCCCGGGCGCGCCCCCGGCCUCCAGGGCGCCCUACGGGCUGGCCGACUACGCCGCGCCGCCCGCCGCCGCCGCCAACCCCUACCUGUGGCUCAACGGGCCGGGCGUGGGCGGCUCGCCCGCCGCCGCGGCCGCCGCGUACCUGGGCGCUCCGCCGCCGCCGCCGCCGCCGCCCCCCGGGGGCGCGGCCGGGCCCUUCCUGCAGCCGCCCCCCGCCGGCGGCACCUUCGGCUGCGCGCAGCGAGCCUUCGCGCAGCCCGCGUCCGCCUCGCCCGCCUCGCCCGCGGGGCCCGCUGCGCCCGGCGAGCUGGGCUGGCUGUCCAUGGCCAGCCGCGAGGACCUGAUGAAGAUGGUGCGGCCGCCCUACUCGUACUCGGCGCUCAUCGCCAUGGCCAUCCAGAGCGCGCCCGAGCGCAAGCUCACGCUCAGCCACAUCUACCAGUUCGUGGCCGACAGCUUCCCCUUCUACCAGCGCAGCAAGGCCGGCUGGCAGAACUCCAUCCGCCACAACCUGUCGCUCAACGACUGCUUCAAGAAGGUGCCCCGCGACGAGGACGACCCAGGGAAGGGGAAUUACUGGACCCUCGACCCAAACUGUGAGAAAAUGUUUGACAACGGGAACUUCCGGCGGAAGCGGAAGCGCCGCUCGGAAGCCAGCAGUACCUCUGCGGCGGCCCCAGGGACAACAAAAUCAGAAGAAGGGCUCUCCUCGGGAUUGGGGUCGGCAGUGGCCGCGAAGCCGGAAGGAGACAGCCCCUCCGCUUUGCUAAGGCCGUCCCAGUCCCCAGAGCCCCCCGAGGGCACCAAGAGUACGGCCUCCUCUCCGGGGGCUUCCUUGCUCACCUCCACCCCUUGCCUCAACACCUUCUUCAGCAGCCUCAGCACCUUAAGUGUCAGCAGCAGUGGGGGCACCCAGCGGGCUCUCCCUGGCAGCCGCCACCUAGGUAUCCAGGGUGCCCAGCUGACCCCCAGCAGCACGUUCCCCCCCAGCUCUGUCCCCGAAGCCCCACCGGACACCUUGCAGCUGAGCAACGGCGCCAGCAACAGCAGCAGCCAGAGAUCUUCCUACUAUAGCCCUUUCCCUGCCAGCACCAGCGGGGGGCAAAGCAGCCCCUUCAGCAGCCCCUUCUACAACUUCAGCAUGGUCAACAGCCUCAUCUACCCCCGGGAGGGCUCAGAGGUAUAGGACCCCGCCAGCCUCUGCUUCUCAGACUUGAAUAUGCACGCCCUGAGAUCUUGUUAAAUGCAGAUUUCCGAGGCGGUAGGUCUGGGGCAGAAAGAGAGAUCCGCCUUUCCCUGGAGUCCCAGGCUUUCCUGUAGGUCUGGGGCAGGAAGGGAAAUCCGCCUUUCCCUGGAGACUCCUUUCCCUGGAGUCCCAGGUGAUCCCGUGGGCCCGCUGACCACAUCUGGAGUCGCACUGGAGUAGUAGAGGACUCUUUCUACAGCCCACCAAGCUUUUGCAGUUUUCUGGAUAAGGGCCUCCCUGGAGAGAAAUCCACCCCUGUUCUGGGACAGUACCUGUGAGCCCUGCGAGGGCAGGGACUGUGUCUGUUUUGUUCAUCACUGUGUAUCGGGGUUACAGCUCACAUGUGCCCAGGGGCCAGCUAAAAAACAAAAGAAUGAAGUCUCUUGGGUAGGAAAAAGGUAGCAGUUGGUAAAUGCUGCAGUGGAGAGCGGUCAGGACUGACCAGCUGAUGGCUGCUGUGGGCCACUAGUUCUUUCUUUCCUGCCUGGCAGUGUCUUGAUUUUUCUGGAAAGGUCAGGUGUCUGGAUUUUUUGAGAAAAGCUUCAUUUGCCCUCUUUGCCGCUAAUGAAAAGUUUUUAAAACACUGUGCUGGGAAGCGCCACACAUCCUCUGAGCUGCAUCCGCCUCACAAAUCCCCUCUGCUGAGGCCCCGUGUCUGGGACGUGGUGGACACUAAUAGCCAUAAAACUGCCCAGGCGAGCUUUGCAGGGUGCCGUUUCAGACAGAAGCUUGGCAUGUAAUCCUCUCACAACAGCCUUGGGAGAUUUGUACAUCCCUGUGCUCUCUCUGUGAGGCCAGUGGAACUCCUAGAAUGUCACCCGCAUCCUGAGUCGUGGAGCCGGGAUCAGGUCCAGGCAGUCUGGCUCCAGAACUUGGUGCUGAUGGGUUUGUUCUCGUUCCAAAAAACAAAAGGUGCCAAGGUGCCGUUAACCAUAGGCAGACACGGCCAGCCCACAGGGUGUGGGAAUGAGCUAAAUCUCAUUUGACCAAAGAGUGAAAUAAAUGAUCAUUUUAGAUGUCCCCCUGAGCAACAAGGGCAGACGCCACCUCUGCCUUCUGCUGCCAUGUGCCUGGGGUGACCAUUGUCCUCGUUAACUUGGUGUCCUAUCCCUUUUAGUGUGUGUCCUGGGUCUUUUUCCUUUUUUAAAGAAAAUAUUAGAAUUUUGUUAC